CGACGAGCGAGCCGCUUGCAUGUGGAAAUGUUUCCUUAAAUCACACGAAGCUAGCUUUUUUACUUUUAAUAUAAAAUGUCUUCUAAGAACAGUCAACGAACGGAACCUGAGACUCAAGAAGAGCUCGCACAAAAAGAGGAGCUGAACAAAAAGAUAAAAGAGCAAAAGAUUUUAGUCGACGAGUUGAGCAAUUUGAGGAAAAACAGGAGAGUGUACACACAGCAACCCAACAGCAAUAUAUUCUUCCUGGCAGACAGAGAAGAGACCCUUAGUUCUUGUAAAAAAGAUCUUGAUAACAUGAGGAAAGAAUAUCAAGAUAUUUAGUGCUGCGGGAUAAUGUGUGGGAUCUGCUGUGUGGUCAGUUUGACCACACCGCAUGUUCCACUAGAGGAGCGUGUGCGUGAAAAUCUAAAAUACAGAGGGCCCAACUGUAGCCGGGACAUUACAGUAACAAUUUCAAACUGCAGUCUCCUUUUCUCGGCACAUGUGCUUCAUAUGAGGGGUUCCUUGACACCUCAGCCU